AGCUAAACUACCAAAGAGUUUCAAAGCAGUCCGUGACAGUAAAAAUGCUAUGAAGUGCUUAUCACCUCAGCUAAAGAGCGCAAAAUUUUUCAUAUGAUGUCCAUUGAAAAUCAUUCAACGGCUCGACCGUCUAAUCGAAACAAAUGGGAAUGAAGAGACGAUAAUAACUGAAUAGCAAUAAACUGCUAAACAACAUAAGGAGCUGACGUAACAUGAAUAACUACCAAAUAUAUUUCUAGGAAUGAAAACACCAAUAGCGAUAUUACUUAGAAUAUAUAACUAAACCAAGAAACAUACACAACCCUAUAUAAUAUAUACCAGAAAAAUUGUAUAACUAUUUCAAUCAAUACCAUCAAAUACAUCACUGGCGAGAAGAGACCCUUCAAUAGCCAGUGAAACAUCAAACCUUCUACCUACCCACCGCAGCAGCAGACGCAGCAACAACUGUCCACUCAUUGGCUAUUGCCGCCAAAAGCAAUAUGCUGGGUGAUAUAAUUUCACCGUCAAUCGCCACUUGGAGUACAACAGCACAACAACAACAAUACUACACUGACCUAAAUGCUGAGGUGCCUGUAGUGCAUGGCGGUAUCGACGAAUUGAAUGCACCACUCCUUCAAAAUCCCUACAACACAUACAACAAAGUAUACAGUAAUGUCACAUCAAUGUUGCUGGACUUCAACGAAACGAGCGCAUAUCAGAUUGUAUUGAAUGGUACAAGCGGUAAUUCGAGUAACAGCAACAACAUUUUGCUAAGCUUUAACGAUGGUGGCGAGAGUGGCGACGGUUUCAUCACAUACAAUGGCACCGGCAUAGGUGUGGGGUUGGGCGGCGAUGGUGGUGUUGGUUCUGGUGUUGGGAUACUGAAUGGUAGCAACAAUAUUAUUGAUGUAUUUAUAGGUGAACGUAAUGAGUUUGAUGACCAGCAACUGGAAGACAUUAUUGGCGGCAAUGGCAAUGCCACAGCGGAUCCAAUGGUGGCGUUGGUGAAAAUGAUUGUCAUGUCUAUUGUGUUGGGCUUACUCAUCUUCAUAACUAUAAUAGGCAACGUUUUUGUAAUUGCGGCAAUUAUUCUCGAGCGCAACCUCCAGAGUGUGGCUAAUUAUUUGGUCGUAUCGCUGGCGUUGGCUGAUUUAUUGGUGGCAUGCCUGGUGAUGCCGCUCGGUGCAGUUUACGAGAUUAGCGAGGGUUGGAUACUUGGCCCGGAGCUAUGCGACAUUUGGACUUCAUGCGACGUCCUCUGCUGUACAGCGUCCAUUUUACAUUUGGUUGCAAUCGCCGCGGACAGAUACUGGACCGUCACGAAUAUCGACUACAGCAACGUACGAACGCCCAGCCGCGUCUUCUGCAUGAUCUUCUGUGUUUGGUUCACAGCGCUGAUAAUAUCACUGGCACCGCUGCUCGGCUGGAAGGAUCCGGAAUAUAUGCAACGCAUUGAGGAACAAAAAUGCAUGGUUUCACAGGAUGUGGGGUAUCAGAUUUUUGCAACAUGUUGCACAUUUUAUGUGCCCCUUUUAGUCAUCCUGGCACUCUAUUGGAAAAUUUACAAAAUAGCUCGCAAACGCAUACAACGGCGCAUCCAGCAGCGUUCACUUGCAAUGCCAGCAAAUCAUAAUCGGAAAAACUCCACGACUUCCUUGCAACAACGCAAACGUAAACGCCUAAAAAUAUGUUUUGGCAAAGCUGAACAAAAUGCUGCUGCUGUUGCUGGCGCUAAUGCUGCUGCUGGUACCGGCGCCGACGUUGGGGGUGGUGGAGCUGGCGCUAAUAUGGAAACAAAUGUCGGCAAUUCGCUUAGCAUUAGCAAUAUGCGCGAGGAGACGGAGUACAGCACGAGCAAUUUCGAUAGCAAAAGUCAUGCGACCGAGUUGACAACGGCAUCGGGUGAGGCGGAGGAGUCCCAAGUCUCUGGACUCGGCGAAAUUUCUACCGUCUCCCAGGAGGUGGCGAGCACCGCACACCAACAACAGGCCAUCGCCAUCACACUAACCACCUCAGCACAACAUCUGGCCGUGGCAACAGCUUGCCCCAAUGCCGUCGGCAGCAACAGCAACACGAGGGGGCAAGACAAGCAACAAGGCAACAACACAACAACCAACAAAUUAUUGGCGAGCAUACCGAAUCCUUACCACAAACUAACAAAACGCCGACAAAUGCUCGAAGCGAAACGCGAACGCAAAGCCGCACAAACACUGGCGAUCAUAACGGGCGCUUUCGCUAUCUGUUGGUUACCCUUCUUCGUCAUGGCAUUGACGCUGUCGCUCUGCAAGGAAUGUCACAUUAGCAGUGUACUCACUUCACUCUUCCUCUGGCUGGGCUAUUUCAAUUCUACACUAAAUCCCAUCAUUUACACCAUCUUCAAUCCGGAGUUCCGACGCGCCUUCCAGCGGAUACUGUGCGGACGUAAGCGCACAUUGCACAGCCGCAGUGGGAAAAUAUGAUUUUGAGAGUAGUUGAGUAGCGUGGUCGUUACAUUCGUAUCGACACGCUACAAUACUUGCAAACGAGAUACUACUCAACAAAUGGAGCAUACAUCUGAGAUACAUAGCAUGUAGAAAUCAGUAAUCAACAGUAAUAACAACAACAUUAAAAGUACCUUCACACCUCCCAACCUCACGCGCUUAGCGUUCCCAUUGAUGUUUGCACGUCUUCCUCACACGUUGAUUUAUAUGAAAGGAAGAUCGUGCGCUAAAGAAAGCAGUUAAAGCAAACAAUCAAACAACAACAACUAGUCAAAUAAAUAAACAAAUAAACAAACAAACGAAAGUCAGUUGGAAGCAGUAGUGACAAAAGCAAGAAAAGAAGAAGAAGAACAAGUGGCAGAGUCACCUUUGGCAACUCGGAGUGGCGGUCGCAAUUGUGGUUUCCUCACAUAUCCUCGCAAUUUUACACACUUAAGCAAAUACAAACACACAUACACACAUGUACACUUGAACUCUCUACACCAUGCAGUGCAGUCAUGUGUACUCUUUACACCCAAUGCAAAUAUCAUAUGAAGCAGCAACCAGCGACGAUGAAGAAAGUUUCAGCAGCAGAGCAGAUGUGAAAUACAAAUACAAAUACAAAUACUUGAACACACACAGUCAAAUAUACUUAUAAGUACACUUAGAUGAUCUACAUGAGUAUUUUUUUUCCUUGUACAAAACUGUGUCACACUUCCGCUUACAAAAGCAAUAUCAUGGCAAAUACAACACACACACAUCCACACACUUGCUUACACAGAAAUUUCCCUACAGCAGGUGCAAAGUGCUUGCUCAGGGAAGUGAACUCGUUUGGAAAUUUUGGCAGGAACUUUCAUUUUGCUUACCGUUAUUAUUAUAACACCCCAUUCACAUCACACGGAAAAUAUAAAAAAGAGAAUUAUUGAUUAAAUAUAACAUAAAUCUGCAGAUUUACUACUGUAUACACACCGACUCACCGAAUUUGUGAUCUGAUGAACAAGCAUACAAGCAUAUUUGCUGAACUACGAAAUGCAGAUUUCGAUAA